UCAUUUCCCUUUUGAGAACAUCAUGUUAUAUUAAGUUCGCCCAGGAAUUGUGUUUAUUUCUUGUCAGCUAAUGGCAUGUGUGCACUUCGUUCCAUUUGAUUUAUGUAAGAGUUAAAAGUAAGUUUCAGGUUUUAGGUAAAGGAUCUAUAUUAACCAAUAACAAAGCCAGCACACAAGUACUCCCAUUGCUACAUCCGGUGACGUCAUGGGCAGCUUUGCACUUUGUCAGGGCGGUGGGUUGACAGGAGCUUUUGUAGCUUGUCAUGCUCCCUGCAGACCUGACCCACAGAUGUAAUCAGACAGACUCUCUUUAGACAAGUUCUACCAGGAACCCUACACUACCCCCCUUACACCUGGUCCCGCCCCUGAACGUCCAAACCCUGAAGGUCCAACAUUCACCAUGCCGUCUCGACCCAGGGCCGGCAACCUCAAAGACCCUGAAGUUGCUGCCCUAUUCUCCAUUGAUGAUCCCGAAAAAAUAUUUACUGACCUUAGAGAGAUCGGCCAUGGAAGUUUUGGAGCUGUCUACUUUGCUCGGAAUACGGUCAAUAAAGAGAUUGUCGCUAUUAAAAAAAUGUCCUACAACGGACGGCAGUCAGAGGAGAAAUGGCAAGACAUUAUUAAAGAGGUGAAGUUUCUGCGGGAACUAAAACACAAGAACACAAUUGACUACAAAGGCUGUUACCUGAAGGACCACACAGCAUGGCUUGUGAUGGAAUACUGUCUGGGAUCUGCGUCUGACAUUAUUGAAGUUCACAAGAAGCCGUUGCGUGAAGAUGAGAUUGGGGCCAUAUGUAAAGAUGCUUUAGAAGGGCUGUGCUACCUUCACGAGAAAGGGAAAAUUCACAGGGAUAUUAAGGCGGGAAAUAUCCUUCUGACAGAAAAUGGCACCGUCAAACUUGCUGACUUUGGAUCAGCAUCACUACUUUGCCCGGCCAAUUCCUUUGUGGGUACGCCCUACUGGAUGGCUCCUGAAGUGAUAUUGGCCAUGGAUGAGGGACAGUAUGACGGCAAAGCAGAUGUCUGGUCCAUGGGUAUUACCUGUAUAGAAUUAGCUGAGAGGAAACCCCCGUUGUUUAACAUGAACGCCAUGAGUGCCUUGUACCAUAUAGCUCAGAAUGAUUCCCCGACACUCUCCAGCGGGGAAUGGUCCGAUGACUUCAGACACUUUGUGGAUUCGUGUCUGGCCAAAAACCCAUCAGACAGACCUGAUGCCUUGGAGCUCAUGUCGCAUGACUUCAUCAAGCGCACCUACUCUGGGAACGUCAUACUGGACUUGAUUCAGAGGACGAAGGACGCAGUGCGUGAGCUGGAUAAUCUCCAAUACAAGAGAAUGAAGAAGAUUUUGAUGGUGGAUACUCAGGGAAUUGAUAAUAACGGACCUCCAGAGGAGGUUAUUGCCGAUGAUUCUUCGCAGGAUGAGCCGAUGGAUGACGGGAGUAAGUCUAACAGCGUGGCCAGUCAGCAGAGCUUCCAGAGCACCUGUCGUAGUGUGAGCAGUCACAGCAGCAGUAUGAAUAGUCUACCAGGAGCAGUGGGGCCGGAUGGGGUGGUCGGCUCAACCAGGGAUAAGAGUCCUCCAACACCAGCCCCUCAAGUAGUUCAGAGACAGGCAUUUGCCACAUUGUGGAGAGAAGCAGGUGCAAACAAGGCUCCUAGAAAGCCAUCGUCUGCAAGCGGAGGAAGGAGUGUUGACAGAAGUAAUUUUGCCACCAUUCGAACGACAUCGAUUGUGACGAAGCAGAUCAUGGAACAUGAACAUGAGAACGAACUGCGAGAACAGUUUACAGGUUACAAGCGGAUGCGACGGCAGCAUCAGAAACAGCUACAGCAGAUGGAGUCCAAGUUUAAGGCUGAAAUGGAAGACCAUAAAUGCAAGUUGGAUCGGGAGUAUGAAACUCUGCGAUUCAAUUUCCAGAAGGAGUUGGAUAGGUUAAGAGUCAAACACCAGCAAGACCUAGAUAAGCGACAAAAGACAAAUGCUGCACUAGAAAAGAGGAAGAUCAAACAGCUUCAGCAAGCACAGGAUGUUGAGAUGAAAGCCUUCCAAUCAAAAAUGAAGAGAGACUAUCGACAAAAUAAAGAGCAGCUGAAGAAGGACAUGGACAACAGCUUUUCUAAAAAAGAACGAGAGGAUGCACUGAGGACGCACAAAGAUUCAUUACAACAACAACAGAAAGACCAGGAGAACCAGCUGGACAAGACACAUAGAGAGGCGCAGUCGUACGAGGUGCGAAAGUUCCGGCGACAGAAACUGAUACAUUACCACGGUUUAGAGCAGGAUCUACUAUUGGAGGAGUUAAGCAAGCGACAAGCCCAGCUUGAGUACGAGCACCAGAUGUUGUUACGUCACCAUGAGUCUACUCAAGACUUGGAGUACAAGCAUCAGGCCGCUACGCAGAAACUCAAGAUAGAACAUAUGAAAAAACAGCAUGAAACUGAGUUGGCCAAUCAGAAGGAGUACAAUCAAAGUGCAGAAGCUGAACUUCGGAAAAAACAUUCUGUAGAGCAUAAACAACAACCGAGAAGUCUUAAGCAAAAAGAACUGCAAAUUCGGAAACAAUUUCAUGAAGCUGUUAAAACACAAGAAAGACAGUACAAGGCGUUAAAGGAACAUGUUUUAAUGUCGACUCCUCGACCAGAACAGAAAGCUGUGGUGAAAAAACUUAAGGAGGAGCAGAUGAGGAAGCUGGCAAUAUUAGGAGAGCAAUAUGAACAGAGUAUAUCGGAUAUGCUACAACAGCAAAAUGUGCGGUUGGAUGAGACCCAGGUUGCUGAAGCUAACGAGCUGAGGCAGAGGCUAUUACAGGAACUGGAGCUACUGACCGCUUACCAGAGUAAAAUCAAAAUGCAGACAGAAGCGCAGCAUCAGAGGGAAAGGAAAGCCCUGGAGGAUCGGGUGUCAUUGAGGAGAGCGCUACUGGAGCAAAAAAUGGACGAGGAGCGGGUAAAAUACCAGGAGGAACGUGCUCGCAAGUUGAAGGAGCUUCAUGAGAGACAGGCACGACGUAUAGAGGAGUUUGACAGAGAGACUGUAGAAAUGGGUCUGAAUGCUGCAGAAAUUGCUGAGGCGUCGCAUGACUCGUUUGGCGACGAGGACAGUGUGCGUGGAAGUGUUCUAAGCCUCAGCACAAGCAGUAGCACCAGUUCAUUUGGCACGCACACAGCGUUAUAACGGUGAACGACAGCUUGAAGGAACCCGCAGAGAGACUGUGUCCGAGCCGUCUGCCGUGUGUGUG